AUGUUGGUACGAAUGCGCCGACGUUUCGUACUUUUAUCUUUCUGUGUUGCUUCUUUCUUCAUAUUUGCGCUUUUGAAACAAAGUCCUUGGGCACAGGGCCAAGUCUACGAGAGACUGCCGUUGUUCAAACUAAGAGAUGAAUCGAGAACGUCGCCAGACCAGGCCGUCUUAGUGUCGACGGAGAGCGGGACGACGGGUACGAAUGAAAACGAGAAGAAGCCUAGUCACAAAGACGACUUCGAGGAUGCGUGGCAGCAUGCUGUACCUGUUCCGCUACCGAAAGCGAAACCAAGUACGCCACAUGCGAAGCUACCACAGCCAGCUGUAACUACGAAGCCUGAGAAGGCAGGAAGCAGCAAGCUGCCGCCUCCGCCGUGGGUGACGGCGCCUUCGAGAACAGCAGAGUUUAUCCCUCCUACUGCACAGCCGACAAAUCUAAAGGAGUAUAUGUUGUCGAUGCUCAAGUGGGAUCGUCCAACCUGGGAGGGACAUUGGCCUCCGUUUUCGGAUUACAUUAACAAAGGUUAUGAUCCGAACCGGUGGGAGCAGUUUCCCAUGGACGAGCGCAUGUACGAGUCGACGCACAAGAAGCUAAACAGAUCGAUUGCUUCGGAUCCAGUCGCAUACAAGCCGUUCCCCGAGUAUAACUCCCCUGCUUGGAAGAAGAAGUGGAAAGGCGAGUAUCAGGCCUGCCUGGGACCGCGAGGCGUUGCUCUCAAUGAGAGCACAGACGACGAAACACAAGUGUACCUUGGUGUUCCACCCGAUCUCCCACCGGUCUACGCUGGAGGAUAUGAAGUUGUUGGCUUGGAUGAUGAUGUUUGCUUCGAUCGAUACUCACGAUAUGGUCCGUACGGUUUUGGAGAUGAAGAGUUCCCCGAAUUUGUCAAGGAUUGGAAAGCGCCAAAGACCAUCCCAGAAUGGUCUGAGGUGAAAUGGGGCACACUCCAGAACGACUGCCUGGAACGCAAUAGGGGCCGUUACAGACCGGAUACAAAGAGCUCGGUUAGCAAGAUCCCAAGUACAACGCUGCCGGCGCCUGCAGCAGCAGCAUCGGCGUUUUCCAAGUCACCGGACACAAGCGCCAGCAACCUGGAAACCAGAGGAUCAAAUGAGCAAAAGUAUCACCAUCGCACCGCGGUACUGAUUCGAGCCUGGACAGGCUACCACUACGAAGAAAACGACAUCACAGCGAUCCGCGCCAUGAUUUCGGAACUCUCGCUCCAGUCUGGGGGAGAAUACCAAGUCUACCUCUUCGUUCACGUCAAAGAUAAGGAUAUCCCCAUAUUCGAGAAUGAAGCCGUAUACAACCGCAUCCUCAAGGAAAACGUGCCCGAAGAGCUACAAGAUAUUGCCAUACUCUGGUCAGAAUCCAUUUUCCCCAACUGGUAUCCCAAAGUAGGUGACUGGCAGGUCUACUGGCAACAAUUCAUGUGUCUGCAAUGGUUCAGUCUGACGCACCCCGAAUUCGAUUACAUCUGGAACUGGGAAACGGACGCCCGCUACACAGGCCACCACUACCACUUCUUCGAGAAGAUCAGCGAAUUCGCAGACAAACAGCCGCGAAAACUCCUCUGGGAACGCAACAAGCGCUACUACCUCCCCAGCAUCCAUGGCGAUUACCAAUCCUUCGUCGAAAACACGCACAAAGACGUCCUCAACGCCUCUGCAAAUUCCCAGAUCCCCCCUCCCGUCUGGGGCCCCCGCCCCUGGGCCCAAGCCGAGCCACCACAAAAGCCCAUCGGUCCCACCCCCCCAACCUCUUUCGAAGAAGACAACUUUGAAUGGGGCCGCAACGAGCCCGCCGACUUCAUAACGCUGCUGCCCAUGUGGGACCCGCGCAACACCUCAUGGUCCUACAAGGACAAGAUCUGGAACUAUCUGCCCAACAUACGGCCCAUUUUCACGCCCGAGGACGGCCAUGCCGAUUGGUUCACGCACCCUGAAUUCGCAAAGAUGGACCGCCGCGUCUUCAUCAACACCGUCGUCCGACUGAGCAAGCGCAUGCUGCAGGCUAUGCACGAGGAGAAUCUCGUCGGCCGCAGCAUGCAAGCGGAAAUGUGGCCGUCGACGGUAGCGCUGCAGCAUGGGCUCAAGGCUGUGUAUGCACCGCACCCCAUUUUCACCGAUCGUCACUGGCCGGCCGGAUACACCGAGGGCAUCUUCGAUACCGCGUACACGGUCGACGAGAGGACGGGCACAGCGUUGGAGCCCCGACAGGGAGCUUGGACCGAGCAGGCCGAUAGUCCGUACAAUCACGACCGAGAGUACAACUUCCAGGGCUGGAGUUGGUACUAUGCCAGUCGGUUCCCGAGACAGUUGUAUCGGCGGUGGUUGGGCUGGCCGAUUAUCAAACAAAAGUGGGGAGAGAGCGAGAAGCUGGAUUCGGGGAAUGAUGGAGAUAGGGAGGAGAGGAGGAUGUGUUUGCCAGGUAUGUUGCUGCAUCCAGUGAAGAGGAUGGGUAAGGAGACGGUUAAGCCGUAG